AUGUUCUCACUGUUAAAAAGAUCAGCAGGAUUAUCUAAUAACAUUAGAACAUUCUCAUCAACUAGAUUCAAUAAGGAAACAGCUGGUGCACUAACUUCUGUUCUAUCAGAUACUGAUGCCUUGCAAAUACAAUCAAUUGGAAAAUCAGGCUUAACGUUUAGUGAUGGCAAAGUAUGCAAAGGACCUGUGAUAGUCGUUGAUAAUAAGAUAUUUUUGUGGAAAGUGCCUACGCCUACCAUGCCAUUCAACUGGGGUGACGCUAUACCCAAGGAAGCGUUCAAGAUGUUUGAAACGUUGACACCUAGACCAGAAAUAUUGCUUCUUGGUACUGGAAAGAGCAUGCUCCCACCACCACCAGCUUACACCAAAUAUCUCAAUAGUUUGGGUAUACAGGUGGAUAUUAUAGAUACUAAAAACGCUUGCUCUACAUACAACGUUCUCGUGGAGGAGGAUAGAAGUGUGGCAGCAGCAUUGUUCCCGAUAGAUGGCUAUGAGUGGACGAAGAAAUAG